AUGAGUGCGGUACACACCAGGCAGACCUCCCGCAAUAGCAGUAGCACCUCCAGCAGCACCACGGCGCCCAAGCGUGUCUUCCGCGCCGCCAGCACCAGCACGACCUCUACCACUCCUCGCACCACCACCACAACUACCAAUACCGCACCGCCCACCCGCAGCAGCACCGCCUCCGCUUCCGCACCGCCGACAACCGCGCGCAACUCGGCCGCCGCCAGUCCUUCCACGCCGAUCCGCGACCUUGAGGAGGGUCUCUCGGACAACCCGCUAGACCUAGACCAGUCGGACACAUCGCUGGACUGGUCGCGCAGCUUCCACGGGCUGUCGUCGGAGCGCUUCAGCGAGGCGGCGGCCGCGGCGCUGCUCGAGCCAAUCAACGCCGACGACAUCGAGAUCAAGCCCGACGGUAUCAUCUACUUGCCCGAGAUCAAGUACCGGCGCAUCCUCAAUCGCGCCUUCGGCCCGGGCGGCUGGGGCCUGGCCCCGCGCGGUGAGACGAUUGUGACCGGCAAGACGGUGACGCGCGAGUACGGCCUUGUGGCGGGCGGUAGACUGGUGAGCAUCGCGCGCGGCGAGCAGCAGUACUUCGAGCCCGAGGGCAUCCCAACGGCGACUGAAGGGUGCAAAAGCAACGCGCUCAUGCGCUGCUGCAAGGAUCUGGGUGUUGCCAGCGAGCUGUGGGAUCCGCGCUUCAUCCGCCGCUUCAUGAAGGAAUAUGCCAAAAAGGUGUGGGUCGAGCAUGUAGCGACGAAGAAAAAGAAGCAGAUCACCAUUCGCAAGGAUGACGAGAUCCCCUAUCCGUGGAAAGAGAGCAAGUUUGGGGCUUAA